AUGCUUCUUUCCAACCUUUUGCUAGGUGCUCUGUGUGUAUUGGCCUGGAAUCCUUUGGACUACUGGCCUCAGGAUCCCCUUCAUCUUAAACUGGCUUCUAAAUGGGACAGUGAAGAUGCGUUUUCAAAGUUGGAGGACUACGUUGUCGAGGAGAAGUACUCUCUUCUCAAGUUGCACCGUUCCUUGAUGGAAAUCGAGUCAAUUACCGGCAAUGAAUACGCCGUGGCUAACUACUUGACAAAGUACUUGAAAAACAGCGGUUUGACCGUCGAGACCCAGCACGUCGAGGACAAAAGAUACAACAUCUACGCUUACUAUGGUGAGCAGAGAAACACCAGCACGGUGAUUUCCUCCCACAUUGAUGUGGUCCCUCCUCAUAUUGGUUAUUCUGUUGAUGGCACCAAAAUCAGGGGCAGAGGUGCCUGUGACGAUAAGGGUCCCUUGGCCGCUCAGGUUAUCGCCUUUUUGGAUUUGCUUCACGAGGGAAAGAUCAAGGAAGGUGACGCGUCGCUUCUUUUUGUUGUCGGAGAGGAGAAUUCCGGUAUUGGCAUGAGAACUGCCAGUGAAGGUCUUGGUGUUUCGUGGGACUAUGCCAUUUUCGGCGAACCCACCGAGAACAAGCUCGGUGUGGGUCACAAGGGUAUUUUCGCUUUUGACGUGGAAGUCAUCGGUAGAGCUUCCCACUCGGGCUACCCAGAGUUGGGAAUUUCCGCCACUGAUAUCUUGGUGCCUAUUCUCCACAAGAUCCAGAACUUGGACCUCCCCAAGUCGGAUCUUUUGGGUCCUUCCACCGUCAACAUCGGUAAGAUUGAAGCUGGUGUUGCUGCUAAUGUCGUGCCUGCUUACGGCAAGGCCACAAUUGCCAUCAGAGUGGCUUCUGAUCUCGAUGAAGUCGUCAGAUUGGUUCACACUGUCGUGGACGAUGUGGAGCACGUUGUUCCCGUGAAGGGAAGAACCACCGAGCCUCAAUACCUUGACUACGAGGUGCCAGGUUUCGAAUCCAUCAUCCUUGCUUACAACACCGAUGUGCCUAACCUCAUGUUGCCUUUGAAGAAGCGCUUCUUGUACGGACCAGGUACGAUCCACGUUGCUCACAGUGAGGAUGAGCACGUCGAGAACAAGGACCUUUUGGACUCCGUGGUUGGCUACAAGGGCCUCGUGGAGCAUAUUUUGACGCUCUAA